AUGAAAUUAGCAGGAACUGAAAAGCUGAAUCUGAGGCGUGAGCUGGGGCUUUUCAGCGCCGUAUCUAUGGUUGCAGGCAUUAUGAUAGGUUCAGGAAUUUUUAUGUCUCCGCAGUUUGUACUGGUAUACGUUGGGAGUUCUGGGGCAAGUUUGGUCAUAUGGGCAGUGUGUGGAAUAGUGUGCCUGUGUGCUGCGUUCUCAUAUGCUGAGAUGGGCACGAUCAUUAAAGAAUCUGGAGGGAACUAUGUAUACAUCCUGCGUAUCUAUGGACCUUGUCCUGCAUUUUUUGUGGCAUUUACAAUCCUGUUUGUGACUAAGCCAUUUGGGAUUACAGCUAUUGCCUUAAGCUUGGCCAAGUAUGCUUUGGCACCAUUUUACCCAGGCUGUACACCUCCCACUCUGGUAAUAAAGUGUAUAGCUGCAUCGUGCAUCUUGGUGGUUGCCACUGUCAACGUUCUAAAUGUAAGAUUUGCUCUGGUUAUUCAGAGGUUUUUUUUGGUAGCCAAACUUGUAGGUCUAAUGGUAAUAGUCAUUGGUGGGAUAGUGACACUCGCACAAGGAAACUGUGUCAGCCUCAACAAUGUGGAGAGUGCCUUUGCAGGCACAAAACUUAAUAUCAGUCCCGUUGGAAUGGCAUUGUAUCAAUGUCUAUGGUCAUAUUCUGGAUGGGUUAACUUAAACUGUGUAAUUGAGGAGGUAAAAAGGCCGGAGGUUAACCUGCCAAGGGCACUAAUGAUUGCUAUUCCCAUGGUAACCAUUCUCUACCUAUUGGUCAACAUCAGUUAUCUCAUUGUCAUGACACCAACAGAGAUGACAUCCUCUAGUGCAGUGGCUGUUACUUGGGGGAAUAAAGUAUUAGGAGGAUGGGGCUGGGUGAUGUCUGUUGCUGCAGCACUUUCAUCAUUUGGAUCGCUUAAUGGAUCAUUUUUUAGUGGUGGACGUGUGUGUUAUGUGACGGCAAGAGAGGGACACAUGCCAGACAUUCUGGCAAUGGCUCACAUGAAGCGGCUCACUCCUUCUCCAGCACUCAUUUUCACCACAAUCAUAUCUCUUAUUGUGCUCAUUCCCGGGGAUUUUCAGGGCAUAAUCAACUUCUUCAGUUUCACUGCCUGGUUUUUCUAUGGAGUUACAUUAUCGGGACUUCUGUAUUUAAAAAUCAAGAAACCUGAACUUCCUCGGGCAGUUACGGUACCCAUUAUUAUCCCUAUCUUGGUGUUGUUGGCUGCUGUCUUCCUGGUUUUGGCACCCAUUAUUGAUGAUCCUCAGAUUGAGUACCUCUAUGUGACUCUCUUCAUACUAAGUAGCAUUGUGAUUUACAUACCCUUCAUUCACUUCAAGCUGUUCCCAGGAGUUUUAAAUAAACUUACAAUCUUCCUCCAACUCUUCCUGGAAGUGGCACCGAUUGACAAAAAUCUGUGA